UCUGAGUAAAUUUACAAGAUGGGUAACAACAGCACAAUCGAUAUCCAAAAUGACGAGUUACUUGCCUGAAAAUUAGGAAGUGUAAAGGAAAACGACCCAACAGAUGGAAAGGAGGUUGAUCUUUACUACCAGCCAGGAAAAGCUUUCUUUACAAUGCAGAUUGGAGAGAUAGCACUAAGUAAGCCGACAGUAGCUUUCAAAAAAUGAAGAAAAAUCAUCCCUUGUGAGCAAGUAUACGGAGUGUCCACUUUUGAAGAUUUCUUACUCAAUGAUAUUGGUUCUACUUAUCGAAUUUCCAUUUUGAAGAAAGAAGAGAACUCAGAUAAAUUUGAAAUUCUAAAUUUUUAUUUCAAAAGAGAAGAAGAUUUUGUACAAGCACAACUGAAACUAGAUGAAUACAAUUUUGCUGAUAGAGAUGGAGUUGAGAGGAAUAUCUGAGUAUUAGUAAACCCAAUUAGUGGAAAGAAAGUCUCUAGAGAAUAUUAUUUUAGCAUACUAAAACCAGUACUCAGUUUUAAUAGUAUCAAACAUUCUAUGUUCGAAACACAAAGUGCUACAUACAUUGAAGAGUUUAUCACAGAGCUUGAUGUAAAUCAAACAUCUUUUAAUGAAUUCGUUGUUAUUGGAGGAGAUGGAGUCUUUAGUCAAUUGCUUAAUGCUCUAAUGAAGCAUUCAGAUAGUUCAAAACUUAUCAAAUUUCCGAUUGGGAUUAUCCCUGGAGGUUCUACAAACUCAUUAUGAUGAGCCCUUUCUGGAAAGAAUCCUUACAUGGCAAGCAAAAAUAUAGCUAAUAAAUCCCUACUCAAAGGUGACAUCUUCAGAGUGAACAUGAAUGACUCCAAGAAGUCUAUAUACUCAACUGCACUGACAUAUGGAUUACCCAGUGACUUAGUAAUAGAAUCCGAGAAUUUAAGAAAUAUUUUUGGGAGAUACAGGUAUAUUGCAACUGCUGUUCCAAAGUUUAUCAAGCCAACGAAGUUUCCGGUCUACGAGAGUGAAGUAUUUUACAAGUUAGAAGAUGAUCAUCAGCAGCAGAGUAGCACUGAUGAUGCUCAUAUUGAAGGAAGUGAUUUGAGGGUGUGAGGCAUAUCCAUACCAAAAAUACCAGAUGGUGACCUUAGAAGUGAUUCCACUCUUUUUAAAUUUGGAAAUGAAUGGAAGAAAAUAAAUAUUGAUGAGUUCUUAUUCCAUGCAAUUAUUACUCAUGAGAAUAGAUCCUCAGUAGGAAAAGAUGUCAACGCCCCUUUUGCAAGGAUAGAUGAUGGAUUCAUGUAUCUCUUUGGACUAAAGAAAUGCUCCAGGAUUGAGGCUCUCACCUUUCUUUCAAGAGCUUCUAAAGGAACUCAGGUAGAUUAUGAAAAAUAUUUUUAUCAAAAGGCUACAGAGUUAAGAUUCAAGAACCCAUGUGGAUCCUACUUUUGUUCAGACGGUGAGCCUUAUAAAAGUGAUGACUACACUGUUAAACUUCUGCCAGGAUUUGUCAACCUGAUGGGAGAAACUGUAAAAGAGUAGAAAUGCUCAUCUCAUUAGAUUUUAUUUAGGAAUUUAAA